AUAACCUGGGGGGUCGCAUAACUACUACGCUUCAGCGCGUGUUAAUAAUUGAUGCUCCGCAGUAAGAAUAAUAACGACAAGGAGAGACAAUGCACGGGGUGUUCAGUGACUCUUAUCCGAUAAUCUAGGGGUAGGAACGUUUGUGUUUUCAUUAAAAAAAGGAAGCGCAUGAAAUUGCAUAACGCUCAACACUGCUGCUAUAUGCUUCAUCGCUGUGUGCUUUACUGAGAAAGAAGCACGAUUAUUGAAGCAGCACGGUGUUCGUUUGAACAUUGCAUCUGGGAGGAUUUCCCCAGUUCAGAUGGAAUUGAACUCUCCUCACUGACGCUGUGUACGAAGGAGAAAAGGAAUGGACAAUGGAAUACUCUACUUUGUUACAAUGAAAACCUCCUUGGCCUUCUUAGUUCUCACCAGCAUAACCUGCUGCCUUAGUUUAUCACAGAUGGCAGCAGGAACACUGAAGGAAGACCCCAAUGACAAUAUUACCUUAUUCACAAGGAUUUUAGAUGGCUUGCUGGAUGGGUAUGAUAACAGGCUCCGUCCUGGACUGGGAGAAAGAAUAACAGAGGUCAAAACAAAUAUCUACGUCACAAGCUUUGGCCCAGUCUCAGACACUGAAAUGGAAUAUACGAUUGAUGUGUUUUUCCGCCAAAGCUGGAAGGACGAACGACUUAAGUUUAAAGGACCGAUGCAACGACUUCCCUUGAAUAACCUUCUAGCCAGCAAAAUCUGGACACCAGACACCUUCUUUCUCAAUGGCAAGAAAUCCAUUGCUCACAACAUGACCACUCCCAACAAACUGCUGCGCUUGGAGGAUGAUGGGACUCUGCUCUACACGAUGAGGUUAACCAUUUCUGCCGAAUGUCCUAUGCAACUGGAAGACUUUCCCAUGGAUGCUCAUGCAUGCCCUCUUAAAUUUGGAAGCUAUGCCUAUCCGGACUCUGAAGUUGUUUAUAUCUGGACCUCUGGCGCCGCCCGUUCUGUUGUUGUGGCUGAAGACGGUUCGAGGUUGAACCAGUAUCAUCUAAUAGGACAGACAGUGGGGAGGGAGGUCAUCAGAACAAGCACAGGUCAAUAUACUGUAAUGACGGCACAUUUCUAUCUGAAGAGAAAAAUCGGGUACUUUGUAAUCCAGACCUACCUCCCGUGCAUUAUGACGGUUAUCCUAUCUCAGGUGUCGUUCUGGUUAAACAGAGAGUCAGUGCCUGCAAGGACUGUGUUUGGUGUGACCACAGUGCUGACUAUGACAACGUUAAGCAUCAGUGCUCGCAACUCUUUGCCUAAAGUGGCUUAUGCGACAGCAAUGGACUGGUUUAUAGCAGUGUGCUAUGCAUUUGUCUUCUCCGCGUUAAUAGAAUUUGCCACUGUAAAUUAUUUCACCAAAAGAAGCUGGGCAUGGGAUGGGAAGAAAGCGCUCGAAGACCAUCAACCCAAGAAAAAGCCUCCCAUGGCACUAACAAAGAAAGCGAACAACGCCUGCAUGGCUGUGGGAGUGAACAACACAGCGAACAUCAUGAAGGAAUCGGUCCUUUCUACCAUUUCCAACAGCACCUCAGUGCAGAUGAAACCCGCAGAAGCAAAGCCUCCGGAGGCUGAAAAGAGUUACAACAGCAUCAGCAGGAUCGACAACAUGUCGAGGAUCGUGUUCCCGGUGCUGUUUGGGACUUUCAACCUAGUCUACUGGGCCACGUAUCUAAACAGAGAGCCAGUAAUAAAGGAAGACUUAACCCCCAAAUGAGCUGCUUGAGCAGCACUCCACACCUGUCUACACACUUGCCAUAUUGUAAGAAACAGAAGGAUUUCCAUAGAGGGUGACAUGAAGCACUGAAGACUUGCAUAAGCAGUGCUAUUAGCUGAAGUUUUGAGAACCUUUUCAUGUGUUGCAUGUUCAAUACUCUCUAGAGAUAAUAUUGCCAUCUUUGCCUUGACUAUUUCUAAUUAAGUCCACCAAGAUUUCAUAAAGAAUGUUGAUUUAUUUAAAGCAGCAAGCAUUUAUAUCUUUGCAAACUAGAAAAAAAAUAUAUAGUACAAAUGGCCCCAGUGUAAAUAACAUUAUAAAGCAUUUUGCAUUAAAACAAGUUUGACAUGAGAUGAUCAAAUCAUAAAUACUGUUAGGCUACAUUGGAAUAAAUAACUAAAACAAAAUACACUGGAACAUUGCUGAUUACAAUCCAUGCAUCUAAUCAUGAAAUGCUGGAGUGAAAACAUUUAUGCUUUUAUGUAUAAAUGUAUAAUUUACAAAUAGAGUCAAUAGAGGUUCCAGAAAAGAUAUUCUAAUGCAAGCAAGGCAAUAUCUUGAAUAUUGAAUAUUGUUUUGCACAAUGAUAUCUAUGUAAACCAGUAUGCACAGCCACCAGCAGCUGUUUAUAUUCUGUUUUUGUAGUCACACCUUUAAAGGAGGAUUGCUGUUUAAAAAGUCAUGCUGUUUUUCUGUUAGUUGAGAGAUUGUCAGUUUUGUAGAUCUAGGUAUCGUAAGUCAGCAUUCAAAUGGAACUGUCUAAUAAGAAAGGAGCUGCUGGAAGCAAAUCAUUGUGAAACAUGCAGCAGCAAAACAAAGCACCUGCACAGCAGUUUGAACCCAUUGUAGCAAACACUGGAUGUGACACUUGUGAAGGCUGAUGCCCGAUCAUCCCUCUGCUUUAUUGGGUCUAGGUUUGGAAUUGUUUCCUGUGUAGUCAUUAUUCAAAAGGAGGUUCAGGUACACCGUGUUAAGUCACGUGCGUACUUGCUAGACAAAUUGCUUUUAAUAACCAUGAGUAAGUUAUCACCGGCAGGUGCACUUUCAUUUAGAAACUUGUGUUCAGGAGAAGGGAGAGACCCCACACAUCACAUCUCAUACUGUAAUUCUCCCUCUCUUAUAGAACUGAUGGAACAGAAUGAGGCUGUUCAGGAGAAGGGAGAGACCUCACACAUCACAUCUCAUACUGUAGUUCUCCCUCGCUUAUAGAACUGAUGGAACAGAAGCCCUUACAGUCAGGAGUUCUGAUUGAAGCCACUUUUCUAAAAACCUGACAUAGCCUUCCAAUGUUAAGCUUAAUGUUAAUUUAGGAUUUUUGUUUAAGUUCUUAACAGUACUACAUAUUUAAGCAUGAUCAAAAUCCAGUUCUUCAAUACACCUCUGCUACAAAACAUGUGCUGCAUCUGCCUUACAUUACCCAUAACGACACUCAUUAGCACUGCCAAAUUAGGCUUGACUGCAGAGAUGGGUUUGUUUUUAAUGUAUUUAUUAUGAUCCUAUGUGAACAAGAAACACACUUUGCACUCCUCUCAGUAAUGUUAAUUGAGCAGCAUGUCAUCUUCGUGGGUCUGGUUCAGGUGUCUACAUUGGGGGAAGGUUAUACUCUACCACCUAAUGGCUACAAGAAAUGUAAAUGUACUGAUUUGGAGGGUACAAUAAGACCGUUUACUGCAUUGUUUAAGUUCAACACAUCAAUGUUCAGUUCCCAUUCUUAGCAUAAUGUUACUAAAGCAAUAAAUAAAUGCCUGGUACAUUUGUUUGUGUGAAUAAGAUAUUGUAUCCUGGUUUUAUAAAGCAGCUCUCCACAAUGGUGAACAAUGGAGAUGAGCCAAAUUACAGAGUCGUGGCUGUUCUGCUUCACUUAUAGAGUAUGCAUGUCUGUGUGCAAUGCCAAGCAAGGAAACAGUAGCCCAAGAAUCUGCAAUCAUCUUCAUGGAAUCUA